AUGUAUCCGAGUACCUCGGAGGGAAACGAUGUUGGUCAGCUGAUUGGUCGAUUGAAAGCUACUGAUCCCGACGCGGGUCGAAAUGCUCAACUGACGUAUUCUAUCCAGUGGCCUGCCGGUCAGGGCCCGAAUCCGUUCAGUAUCAAUGAUCAAGGUGAACUGACAGCCCGUGUCCCGCUGGACAGGGAAAGUCGACCGGAGGGCUAUCAGUUUAACGUUCUGGUUCGAGACGGUGGUCAUCCAGUCCAUUCCAGUUCAGCUCAGGUCGAAGUAGCACUGAUCGAUAUCAAUGAUUGCAGUCCCGUGUUCACCCAAGCCUUGUACGAAUUCUCCGUGGACGAGGAAUUGCCACAGAACGCAACCAGUGCUCGAGUGGUCGGACAAAUUCGGGCCACCGACUGUGAUAUUGGAAACAAUGCUCAGGUCACAUACCACCUAAAACCAACGGAUGCACCUUUCAAGGUUAGCACGUAA